AUGGGGAGUUUUUCUCUGCUUGUCCUUGCUCAUUGGCUUCUGCUGCUUAGAAUCAGUAACUCUCCCUUCGAGGCUCAGGGAGGCCGGAUUCGCCUGGCAUGCCUUGUCAUCGUGGGUCUUUUGGUUCCUUCCAGGGAUUAUCUUGAACACAUCACAUCCAUUGGCCCCAGGACCACAGGAAGUCCCGAAAAUGAGAUCCUGACGGUCCGUUAUCUCUUGGAACAGAUUAAACUGAUUGAAGUUCAAAGCAGCAGCCUUCACAGGAUUUCAGUAGAUGUCCAGCGGCCCACCGGCUCCUUUAGCAUUGACUUCCUGGGAGGCUUUACAAGUUACUAUGACAACAUCACCAACGUCGUGGUGAAGCUGGAGCCCAGGGACGGGGCCCAGCAUGCUGUCCUGGCUAACUGUCAUUUUGACUCCGUGGCCAACUCCCCGGGUGCCAGCGAUGACGCGGUGAGCUGCUCCGUGCUGCUGGAAGUGCUCCGCGUGCUGUCCACGUCCUCGGACGCCCUGCGACACGCCGUCAUAUUUCUCUUCAAUGGUGCAGAGGAAAACGUCCUGCAAUCUCACAGUAAAGCGAGCCAGGGAAAACGGGGUUCAGAAAAUCAGGGAAGACUUUGUCAGCAUGGUACACGUUUACGGAAGAAACUCUGCCUCCGGCGCCGGCGCAGCUCAGCGGCGUGUUGUGGGAGCGCCCGCCGCGCUCCUGCGGGGGGUUUGGGGAGAGGAGUUCGCUCCGGGCUCCUGGGCCGUGUUUCCCUCGGGGGCCGGUGGCUGAUUCUGGUGCCACAGCAUACCACCGACCUCGAGGAGAAGCAAGCCCAGAAGCCAGGGGGUCACAGACUCCUGUUCUCUGGGGAACAGUACCCUGCCCCUUUGACUCUACCCCCAGAUGCCCAAUUUGCACUAAGUGAGCAGCCUGCACUCAGCGCUGAUGAGUGUGGGGGGGGCGGCUGCGUCCACGCCCAGGAGACUGCUUGGAUUGCCGGUGACCUCAACAGUGUCCCCUCUUCCGUCGUUACUUCUCCGCGCCCUGUGAGGUCAUUCCCGUCGGCACACGACGUGCCUUUCCUCUCCUCUUCAGGACUCCGCUUCCGACCUCCUUCACCCCCGACCUCUGCUCGCUCCUGUUCUUCUCCGUGGCAGAGUCCCUCAGGAGUGGGAUUCCGUGUCCUGCGGGGCCCUGGGAACACCCAGCAGGGCUCUGGUCGACGACCCAAACGCCCGCAGGCCCGCCUUGGGGGUGCUCCAGCAUCGCCGCGUGACCUUGUGCCCGCCCUCCCCUGUCCCGCAGGCCCCGAAAACCCGUGGCUGGUCCAGGCGUACGCUUCGGCCGCUAAGCACCCGUUUGCAUCCGUGGUGGCGCAGGAGGUUUUCCAGAGCGGAGUGGUCCCCUCGGACACCGACUUCCGCAUCUACCGCGACUUCGGGAACAUCCCAGGCAUUGACUUGGCUUUUAUUGAGAAUGGAUACAUUUAUCACACCAAGUAUGACACGGCGGACAGAAUUCUGACAGAUUCCAUUCAGAGAGCAGGUGACAACAUCUUAGCGGUUCUUAAAUAUCUAGCUACAUCUGAUAUGUUGCCGUCUUCUUCAAAGUAUCGCCAUGGAAACAUGGUCUUCUUCGACGUGCUCGGCCUGUUUGUCGUCGCCUACCCCUCCCGCGUCGGCUCCAUAGUUAACUACGCGGUGGUGCUGGCCGUCGUGUCCUACCUGGGCCAGAGACUGCUGCGGCCCCGUCACAAGACUGGCAGCUACGCGAAGGACUUCUUCUGUGGGCUCGCCAUCACCCUGGUCAGCUGGUUCACCAGCCUGGUCACCGUGCUCAUCAUAGCCGUGUUCGUCUCCCUCGUCGGGCGGUCCCUCUCGUGGUAUAACCACUUCUACGUGUCCGUCUGUCUGUACGGAACCGCGGCCGCGGCCAAAAUCAUCCUCAUCCACACCCUCGCCAAAAGGUUUCACUACGUGAACGCCAGCGACUGGUACCUGGGAGAAGUGUUCUUUGACAUCUCGCUGUGUGUGCACUGCGUUUCCCUCACGGCGCUCACGUACCAAGGGCUCUGCUCGGCGUUCAUCAGUGCCGUCUGGGUGGCGUUCCCCCUGCUCACCAAGCUGUGCCUGCACAAGGACUUUAAGCAGCACGGUGCCCAAGGAAAAUUUAUUGCCGUGUACCUCUCGGGGAUGUUUAUUCCUUAUCUUUACGCACUGUACCUCAUCUGGGCGGUGUUCGAGAUGUUUACCCCCAUCCUUGGGAGGAGUGGUACGGAAAUCCCGCCUGACGUUGUGCUGGCUUCCAUUUUGGCUGGUUGUACGAUGGUCCUGUCUUCCUAUUUUAUUAACUUCAUCUACCUAGCCAGAAGCACGACAAGAACCAUGCUGCUGCUGACUCUGGUGUGUGCCGCUACGCUUCUCCUCGUUUGCAGUGGGGCGUUUUUCCCAUACAGCUCGCAGCCCGCCAGCCCGAGGCCGAAGAGGGUGUUUCUGCAGCAUAUGACCAGAACGUUUCAUGACCUGGACGGGAACGUGGUCCAGCGGGACUCCGGAAUCUGGAUCAACGGGUUUGACUACACGGGGAUGGCUCACGUCACCCCUCACGUCCCGGAGAUCAACGACAGCAUCCGAGCUCACUGUGAGGAGAAGGCCCCGCUCUGCGGCUUCCCGUGGUACCUCCCGGUGCACUUCCUGAUCAGGAAAAACUGGUAUCUCCCUGCCCCAGAAGUUUCUCCAGGAAAUCCUGCUCACUUCAGACUCGUGUCCAAAGAACAGACACCCUGGGAUUCUAUUAAGCUGACGUUUGAAGCAACAGGACCGAGCCACAUGUCAUUCUACGUCCGCACCCACGAAGGAUCGACGCUCUCCCAGUGGUCUCUUGGCAAUGGCACCCCAGUCACAAGUAAAGGCGGGGACUACUUCGUAUUCUACUCGCACGGCCUCCAGGCUUCUGCAUGGAGGUUCUGGAUAGAAGUGCAGGUCUUGGAAGAACGGCCUGAAGGAAUGGUCACCGUGGCCCUGGCUGCCCACUACCUUUCAGGUGAGGAUAAGAGGUCCUCCCAGCUGGAUGCUCUGAGAGAGAAGUUCCCAGACUGGACGUUUCCCUCGGCCUGGGUGUGCACCUACAGUCUCUUUGUGUUUUAAUCUUCCGGACAAGCUCCAAGUCCAUGCCUGGUGGGAUACCCCGCACGCCGUGGUUUCUCCCUGCAUUCCGUGGAUGUUUGUGAUGUAAGUCAGUGGUUUUUCGUGAGCACAUGUUCGGAUUGUGAUGUAAGUCAGCGACUGUUCAGGGCUUAGUGGGCUGACAGUCCACUGCAGUGCUGGGGGUAGUGCUGCACAGCCUUUUUGACACUUGAAGACGCCAGGUUGCUGGCACUUAAGCACAUGUGGGUCCUCCCACCACACAUGGAAGUCAUUUUCUAUGACCUUAAGGAUAAAAGCCAACAGACCACUUCAGUAGUUACCCUUAGAAUCAUGGAAGGUGUAGAAGGCACCAUGAGCCCACUAUUCUCUAGACAUAGGACACUUCCAGUUGAAGCAGCAGACCGCAGCUCAGACGCCGUUCCCCGGCGUGAUGACUCCGCUGCGAUGGAACCCAGGGCGUAGAAGGCAGUUCCAGCGAGAGCUGGGGCCCCGCACGUCGGUCGUGCAGCCGGGGACUCGAGAACCGUUAUCGUGAUGCUUUCUGAGGCUGCUCUCGAGGCCCGGAACACCCUGUCCCGUCUGGUGGCAAGGAGCUGCAUUUCCCGCUGGGUUUUCGGAGGCUCUCUGGUCCAGAAGGUUGUGUGCAAGCACAUGGCCUCCAUUCCAUCCCCGGAGCAUGGAGCUGCCGUGGCCGGAAGAGCGCAUGGGGUGGGGAGGCUGGGCAUUUUAUAAGCACUCCCUUCUGUUUUCCAAGGUUCAUGCUUUAGGGGGUAACUGUAUUGAUGCACUGAGUCUUAGUCGGUCCAGAUAGUUGCGCAGCAGCUGUCCGGCACAGCCGGCCUUCCUGGGACUCAGGGCGGUGGCUCGUGCUGGAGCCAGGCCACUGCACCCCUACUGCUGGGACUGCGGCCCCACGCCAUGCCAGGCCUGGGACUUGGAGGUGCUUUUCAUUUAGAAGAUGGCUGUGCGGCUGCCGAGACGUGUCCAGCAGGGCCUCAUGCAGCGCCUCGGCUGUGGCCCUGCAGGGACUUGCUCAGAUGAGUAGUAAAUCCUGCUAGCUUUCCUUUACCCAUUAAGAAAUUGAAAGAGUUGGUCAGAUUCUGAGUUUAGCAAGCAUAGGCCAAAAAGAAUUUUAAAGAAAAGCCGUAGUGAAACAAAGCAAGCAUCCCUCCGCUGCUCCCGCACAGGGCACACCAAGUGUGGUUUGCAGGCCAGACUCUGGGGCCACAGGCGAGCCGUGUGCAGCAGCCUUCCUUGGUCGUGCUCCUCCUGCGCCUGGAGUCUGUGAUGCCCUGAACCCUGACGGACUGACCCCACCCGCCCCCAGCACUGCUGGCUGGUACUCGCGUGCAUCCUGGGCCUCGUUGAAACUGUGGAUUAGCCUUAGUGCUGCAAAAACCUGGCUCCUGGCCACAGCCCCUGGCCAAGCCAGGCAUCUGGCUGGUAGUGAAGGUCUCUAGUGUUGACAGCUUGUACAGAAGCAGCGCUGUGGACAGAAGGUUAGAGACAGUAAUAUCUCAAUGGAUUUCAAAAUACAUUAUUUUCUGUCCCUGUGGUUAAUCUGAGAUAGAUUAUAUGGGAAAAAACAAAAUCUCUUAUUGAGGAAGGACACUGUUACUUAGCAGUUCUAUUCCUUGUGGGAAGGAGGUUACUCCCUUUCAGUAAUAAUCAUGGUUCUCCUUUGGCCUUUAGGUUAUUUUCCUCCAUAAACAGUAUCUCUUGUUUUGGUUUUUAAGUCACUGGUCUCAGGCCAUGUUUUUAGUGCCAGAAAUGGUUAAAUAGUUACAGAUGAUACUCAAAGCUCUGUUCAGAAGCACACUGUCAGGUUGGUCAGUGGCCUCUGGAUUCAAGAACCUGCCCUCGUCCCCCUGUACCUGAUCAUUCAAAAGUUAUUUCUAAAAGGCUCUUUCCAAAUGCUAACCAACACAUUCUUUCCUGUACAAUUUCAAUGUAAGUAGCCCAGUACUGCACAUUCAGUGAAAAUGGGAAGAACUGUGAUUUGAAGAAAUGCUUAAACGUUACACUGUGCCUGCGUGAGGAAUGACCCCCUGCCUGCCAGAUAAGCACGAGAGGGGCUCUCGGAGGUGACCGCCCGAGGGGCCAUGGCCAGCUGCUAACUCAGGAAGCCGUAGGGCGAGGACAGUCUUCUCUUUUCACUGGUUUGCUGACUUGUUGAAAUUGUUGCCUUACAUUACUGAAAUAAACUUUUUAACAACAAACCAGUUAGUAUCUCUAACAGAAAAAAACAGAUCUUUGUUGUUUGUUCUGUGUCCCUAUCAUUGAAGGGUUAUUUCAAGUCUAAAGGGUCUAGAUAGCUCUAUGUGGGCAGAGAGCUCGACGUGGAAGUUUACUCCAAUCAGAAUGCAUUUUACCGUGGAAUGAAACUGUGUGUAUCUUGUUAAAUGUUGGGCUUCAGCAUAUUUUGCCAGUGAAAUGCCAAGAAAAUCCCUGAAGGAUGAGAAUCUAGAAGGAUAUGGGGGCGGGAAGAAGAAAGGGUCUUUCGGCCAGUGGCCCACUGCACACUCUUCUCUCUACCCAAGAAAAAGGAACCUGCCACUCCCUGGAAAGUUCUGUAGUUUGCUCAGUGAACUCCCUGGGAAACAGUUGAGUAUGCUCCCUCGUCAUACACCUUGCCUCCUUUUAUUUAGGGCCAAUAAAGCCAAAAUGCAUUUAGGCCUCUUUA